AUGUACGAAGGCACCAGAGACCCCGAUGAUCAUAUCGCACAAUAUAAACAGAGGAUGCUAGCGGUUGCGCUCCCCAAGGAGUCCCGUGAGACUACCAUGUGUAAAGGGUUCAGCUCCACUUUAAUUGGACCCGCCUUGCAAUGGUAUAUCAAUCUCCCUACCAGGUCCAUCUCUUCCUUUGCCGGCCUGAGCGACAAGUUCAUAGAACAAUUUGCGAGUAGCAGGAGCCUGGACAAGACUUCAGACGGUGUCUACGAGAUCCUCCAGCAUCGAGUAGAACCCCUACGGGACUACAUAGCCCGUUUCAAUCAAGAGAAGGUAGUGGUCUCUGAAUGCAGCAUCCCUACCGCAAUCUCUGCCUUCGAGAGAGGCCUACUUCCAGACGGGAGGCUGUACAAAGAGCUAACCAUGUACCCUUGCAAAACCAUUGAGGAUGUGCUAUCCCGAGCGUGGGCACAGGUGAAGUGGGAAGAGGACGUCGCUAGCCGCGCCAAGGCUCAACCCAAACAGGGUCAGAAGUCCACCCGAUCAGACCGGGUAGAUCGAGAAGAAAGAUCCUCCCAAAAGGGAUCCAAGGACUCCGGAAGCAGGAACCUAGGCAGGUUCCAAUACCGGCCAUUAGAAAAAGAAGAGGGGAUGUCUGUGUCUACCUGGCCCGAUAUCACCCAUCUCUCAAUAUCCACACCAGAGCUGGUCAACACGCUGAGGCAGAUGGGCCAACACGUCAAGUGGACCCCAAAGAUGAAAGCACCUGACUCUUUCUGGAACCCUGGACUCUGGUGCGACUUACAUCGCGAUCACGGCCACAAAACUGAAGACCGAGAGAAAGCCAAGGCUCAUCUUAGCAAAGAAGCAUCAGGGAAAUCCAAAGGAAACGCACCAAGCUCACCACCUCUCCAGGACCGGGUGAUUCAUGUCAUCUCAGGAGGCUCUGAAGUAAGUGGCGUGAGUCAUGCAGCUGCGAAGAAGAGCACCCGUAAUGCUAAACAUGGUCUGGAGACUGCUCAACCUAAAUGCCUACUUCUAGGUACCGACGAGAUAAGCUUCACAGCCAAGGAGAAAGAGAAGAUAUUAGCUCUUAACCAUGACGCUCUAGUUGUCUCUCUCACCAUAGCGAACUGUUUGGUGAAAAGGAUACUAGCAGACAACGGGUCUUCCAGCAAUAUCAUCUUCCUGACGGCGUACCAAGACCUAGGGUUAGAGGAGAAUACUCUGACGUGCAAAGUAACCCCACUCAUCGGGUUCAGCGGCAAGGUCAAGCAAACCGCUGGGGAGGUUGUUCUGCCAGUAUAUGCUGAAUGGAUCAACCUAUCUACCAAAUUCCUGGUCGUGGACUGCCAAUCGGCAUACAACAUGAUCUUAGGACGACCCUGGAUUCACAACAUGGGAGCAGUCCCCUCAACCCUCCAUCAAAUAGUGAAUUCCCUACACCCUGGGGCAUCAGAGCAAUCCAAGGAGACCAGGAGAAUUCUAGGUCCUGCUACCAGACCUCCUUAA